AUGUCGGCCAGCAAUGUACCUAAGUUCGCCUCUUUCAGACCCAAACCUGUGCCAACGAACAGUGAGCCAGAUGAAGCAAAAUCAAAGCCACGGGCAGAGGCCAGGCAUCGAUCCAGAGGUUGCGAUGAGAAGGAAGAGGGGAAAAGGCAUCACAGAAGAUACAGGAGCAGGGAGAGAACUCGGCCCUCGGUCCAGGCGAUCGAGAAAGCUCCUGUAUCACGUGUCUCGCCAGAACCCGGCUCGCCAGAGGUCUUCAUAGUUGACCGCAAAGGCGAUGUGAAUAAUCUGGUAUAUGGGAGUGUCCAUCGGUGGACUGUUCCUCCAUUCUACCGCUACGGUUCGGGCUACGUGUUGGGGGCCUCUUUGGAUCUGAAGAUUGACCGGAAUUUUGUGGAAGACAAGGGGGUUGUGCUAAGCAACUUUGGAGACUCGAAACCCAGCUCGCGAGAGAAGUACGUGUUUUCUCGGGUGGAAAGGGAAAAGCCAAGACUUCUGAAGAUACGUCCCGAAGCUACAGUCGCUGAUCCUGUGGCUCUUGAGUCGGACUUCGUCCCCUUACAAGCUCGGCGAGGGAAGAAACGCAAGCGAGGGGAAGAUGUUGGAAGCUCUUCCGAUGAGGAGAAGAGAGACUAUCGGUCAAUACAUUCAAAGAAAAAGGACAAUACUCAGCCACUAGACGAGGAUCUUCGAUACGCGACUGAGAGCGACUGCUCAGACUCUGAUGCUGGCCGAAUAAUCAAGGAGGACGAUUCUCUUCGACAGAAGAACGUGGAACUCUCCCGGAAAGUAGAAGAAUGCCCUCUCGAUAUAGAAGCGUGGUUGGCGCUCAUAGAACACCAAGAUCUUCUGAUGACGGCUGGAGACAAUGGUCGGCGAGUCACGACAGCUGAGAUCAAAAGUACAGCAGAUAUAAAAAUCCACAUGUACGAAAAGGCACUUGAAAACUCUCGGUCUUUGGAGGAUCGUGAGAGGCUAUUGCUGGGCCUCAUGGCGGAGGGGGCCAAGAUAUGGGAAGUCAAAACUCAAGCAGACCGCUGGGAAAGAAUUUCGAGGGAGAAUAUUGACAGUCUCUUUCUCUGGACCAGCUAUCUAAACUUCAAACAAACAAACUUCUCAACCUUUAGAUACGAUGAAGUCAAAGGUGUGCUUCUCGAUAGGAUUAAGGUGCUAAAGAAUGUCGUUGAGAGCACUGCUGAAGAUGCCGGUGCUACUACUCUGUAUGAGCAACUGCUUUAUGUCGUACUGAGAUCGACUUUGUUCAUGCGGGAAUCUGGGUACACUGAGCUAGCAAUUUCAAUCUGGGAAGGUCUGCUUGAGAUGAACUUCAACUCUCCACAGCAGCAAGUUGUCAAGCCCAAGCUCACGGACUCUUUCAAAGACUUCUGGGAGAGUGAGGUCGCUCGAAUCGGCGAAGAUGGCUCUCUAGGUUGGGAUCAUUUUUUUGCAAGCAGCGGCGAUGAUGUAGAGGUCCCGAAUACUCUCGUUGACGAGACAAAUGAUCCCCUGGACAACUCCAACAUCUUCCAAACCUGGGUCACAGCUGAGCGAAUCCGUAUGAAAUGCUCACAGAUUCCGGCCCGGACCAUGGAUGAAGUAGUGGAAGAUGAUCCUUACCGAGUUAUCAUGUUUUCUGACAUCGAAGACUUCAUGUUACAACUGCCUCCUCAGUCAGAGGAACUCCGCCAACUAUGUAUCGAUGCAUUUCUCCUCUUCUGUCGUCUGCCACCCAUGACAACUGUAGACUCGGAUGUUUCGAGGAAAUGGUCAAAUGAUGCAUUUAUUCGCGACGAGUUACUCGAGUGCAGUCCUACUUGGAUCAAGAAAGAGUAUUUCACCACAAGGCAUAACGAGAGCGAUGAUGUCGGAACGCCAUCUUUUUUACGAACCUCAUUUCCUAAUUGCUUCGGCUCUUCAGAAUUGUUGUUCGGUAGUGGCCUAGCAGGAAACUACUAUUUUGGAGCCCCCAAUAUGACCACAGAGAGCGCCCCAGCGUGUCCAUUGCAAGCUCGCUACGAGGGAAACAACAGUCCAGUAUCCCAAGUAUGGAUUAGCAACGUCCUCAAACAGCUCAUCCAAGCCCGAUUCACAGAAGACCUCGCGGAAUACUACCUAGCAUUCGAGUUCCAUAUCUCCCCCUCAACCAUCAAGAAGAUCUCGAAGGGCCUUCUAAAACAGCACCCCUCCAGUCUUCGCCUCUACAACGCCUACGCAAUGAUAGAAUGGGCCCGCGGCAACAAAGACCUAGCCAACACAGUCUUUACCGCUUCUAUCUCCACCUCCACUUCCAUCUCCACCUCCAGCAUUCUCCUCUGGCGUAAUUGGGUCUGGCUGCACAUCUUAUCUUCCUCCCACACCUCGGCCCUCCACCUCCUCCUGGACAUCCCAUCCGGGACCCCCAACCCGAAAACAACACUCACCCCAGCGCUCCUGCUCAAAACCCGCCAGCAUCUCCUCUCUACCCGCGACUACCUGACCAGCACGCUCGCCUACCCUCUCGCAGCCCUCUACACCGACUGUCUAGCCCUCCUAGCCUACCUCACCUCCCCACCCACCUCGGAGCCCCAAUCGUCCACCCAAGGCUCCAUCCUCCCCGCCCUAUCGCACUACACGACCUUCUCCAGCACGCUCCUCGCGCGCCCGAACCACCCGGCCGCGAGAGCAGCGCACGAGCAGACCCUCCAGUUCUCCGCCCGCCUCCUCCACCACCACACCCGCGCCGGCGGCCCCUUCAGACCCUCCCUGCUGCGCACACACCUGACCUCCUCCUGCCUCGCCCACUUCCCGCGCAACACAAUCUUCCUGUCCCUCUACGCCUGGACCGAAUCCCUCUCCCGCCUCCGCACCGACAACCGCGUGCGCUCCCUCCUCGCCACCAGCAUCCUUACACCCGCGACCGACGCGCCCUCCUCGCGCCUGUUCGCCAUCUCGCACGAGCUACAGCACGGCACCAUCCACGCCGCCAAGGCAGCCUUCGAGCACGCCCUGCGAGCGCCCGGUGUAUCAUCCUCGGCCGGCCUGUGGAAGCUAUACCUCCUGUUCUGCCUCGAGCGCGAGGAGUUCCGGGCCUCGGCGAAGGAGGUCUGGUACAGAUGCCUGCGCGCCUGUCCCUGGGCCAAGGAACUCUAUCUCUGCGGCCUGGAAAUCGACCAUAUCCCGGGCCUGGACUGGGAGGAGAAGCGGGGCACCUGGCGGGUCAUGGGCGAGAAGGAGGUGCGUGUGCACGUCGAUCUGGAGGACCGCUUCGAGGAGAUUCUCGGGGACGCUGGUGGCGCGCAGAAGCGCGUGGCCUCUCGGUGA